UGGGGGGAGGGGGGGAACCAGCAGCAAAGAUGCCCAAGGAAAGCCUGUGGUGCUGACAACACCUCCCUGGGGCCCUGAGUGGUGGAACUGGACAGCAGGGCGCUGGGUGGCUGGCCCUGAUCGGAAAGGGGCUCUAUUUCUCUGCUUAGCAGCUGCCUUCCUCAGUGUGGUGAUGGGUGGGAGGAUGGUUGAGUCCCCAGGGACAAGGAACGACCGCCUCUGGGUCUCUGAGAUCCUCAGUCUUUGCCUUUUGGCUGAGGACCUAGCAGCCCUAAGACUGGACCCAGGACAAAGCAGGACUACACCGUCUCUUUUCAACAGCCACAAAGAAGUUGGGAGAAGUUGAAGAUCCUGUGGCUGUUGUAUUUGAUGGUGGCUCCAGAGUGUGAUGCGUGGAAUGUACGCGAGGGAGACUUUCAUUGGAAAUGAAGUCACCAAUAAGCGGGGAAAGCUCACAGUGAAAUAUCCCAUUGAGCGUGGAAUUGUCACCAACUGGGAAGACAUGGAGAAGAUCUGGCAUCACGCUUACUACAAUAUGCUCUGCAUAGACCCAGAAGAACAUCCCCUCCUGAUGACAGAGAGCAUCACCAACCCAAAGGCCAACCAAGAGAAAUUAAUACAGAUUAUGUUUGAAACCUUUAAAAUACCAGCUUUGUACGUAGGAAUCCAGGACAUUCUGUCCCUUUUCUCUUCGGGCCGGACCACCGGGCUCGUGGUGCAUUCCGGGGAUGAGGUGACCUACAGCGUUCCCAUCGAAGGUGGCUACAUCUUGUCUGACGCCAUCGUGAACCUGGAAGUGUCGGGCCAGGACCUCUCUACGUACCUUACGAAGAUUCUAGUGGACAAAGGCUACUCCCUUAGCACCAUGGCUGAAUGGGAAAUGGUCAGAACCAUGAAGGAGAAAUUGUGCUACGUGGCUUUGGACUACAUAGAGGAGAUGCAUACUCCAGAAGCCUCCCUACAGAAGGAAUAUGAGCUCCCUGAUGGCAGAAUCAUUACCAUGGGCAGGGAGAGGUUCCGCUGUCCUGAAGCCUUGUUCGAACCAUCCAGGUUAGGGGCCACAUCUCCAGGUCUUCAUAAAAACAUACAUGAGAGCCUCAUGAAAUGUGAUUUUGAAAUAAGGAAGACAUUUUAUGUGAACACUAUCCUUUGUGGAGGCAACAUGUCAUUCCCAGGCAUGAAUGAACGUGUGACGAAGGAAAUCAAGGCCCAGGCACCCCAGAUGACUAAGAUCAAGGUGGUCGUGCCGACAGAAUGCCGUUUCUGUUCCUGGUUUGGAGGCUCCAUCCUGACCACCCUGAAUUCUUUCCAACACAUGUGGAUCUAUGCUUAUGAAUAUGAGGACUUCGGCCCUUCUAUCAUCCAUCGUCGAGGCUUCUGAGUUUGCUACUACCCCUGCCCCAACUCUGAUCUUCACGCUCAGGUAGCCCUCGAUAAAAAGCUGGGGUACCAGCACACAUCCUGUUGGCCUUCUUUCUGAAGGUUCAACCUGAGUCAUCUUUGGGGCAUCUAAAAUUUGGAGAUAACAACAACUGUAGUGCCUAUUCCCAGCAGGGUUGUUAGAAGGCUGAAAUGAGAUGAAUACACACAUACGU